GCCAACGAAUUAUGUCUACAGCCAGAAAAAGGAAACCUAAAAAGGAAGUACGGUUUGAAGAGAGUAGUUUGAAUCAAUCAACCAAGAAGAAACGCGACGGAACGUGGUCAGCAUAUAAUCUUAUCCCUAUAAUCUUAGCCAUCAGGCUUGUGAACGCGUUUACUACGAAAACUUUCUUUCAAGCAGACGAAUUCUUUCAAGCACUUGAACCAGCACAUCACUUUAUCUAUGGGUAUGGGUACUUGACCUGGGAAUGGAAGCAACAAUUACGGUCUUCAAUUCACCCUUUGAUAUAUGCUUUGGGUUAUAAAUUGGCUGGUGAAAACAAAACUCUUGUCCAUAUUAUACCGAAAAUUAUUAAUGCCAUAAUCGCGACAAUUGGCGAAUACAAUUUGUACAAAUUUGUAUUGAAUUACUGCAAACAUCACGAACAAAGGAAACAAAUUGCAGCAACAACUUUGAUACUUUCAUUAUUGAAUCCUUUCAAUUGGUAUGUAUUUACUAGAUCAUUUUCCAACAAUUUAGAAACGGUGUUGACGAUUGUUGCAUUAAGAUAUUGGCCCUGGGAUUAUAGUUUGCAUAAUAAAUCUUGGUAUAUCAGCUUAGCCGUUGGUUUCACCAGUUGUAUAAUUCGUCCUACAAAUGUGCUUAUAUGGUUCCCAUUAGGGCUAUGGUUAAUUGCGAACUCGCGAACCGUUUCCCUUAAAUGGGUGAUUUUGUCGAUUACUGAAGUUAUUAUUAUUGCGAUUGUCAAUACUGGGUUGGAUUAUUAUUUUUAUCAACAAUUGACGAUUCCAAUCUACAAUUUUCUUGAGUUUAAUGUAUUUAAGAACUUAUCAAUAUUUUAUGGCACUGCACCUUGGCAUUUCUAUAUUGUCCAAGCAAUCCCCCUCAUGAUGAUGCUUUAUCUUCCAUUUAUGAUAUAUGGAUUUAAGAUAACUUCGUUAACAUUUACUGGGAUUGUUUAUUUAAUUGGAUUCUCAUUGAUCGAUCACAAGGAAUUUAGAUUCAUAUAUCCCAUUCAUCCGAUAAUGUUGUUACUCGCUGCUAGAGGCUAUGUCAAAUUACGGUCCCGCUUACCAUAUUAUUUAAUAUUUAUCGGGAUUAUGAUCAACUUUUGCGUUGGUUUCUUUUUCUCGGUAAUAAACGAACGUGGGGUAAUUGACAUUGUUAAAUAUUUGGAUAAGCAAUACUCCGAAGUAACUCCUACGGCCGAAAAAGAGCAAAUUAAAUCUGAGGUGGAAUUUGGAUUCAUAACUCCGUGCCAUUCUACUCCAUGGCAAAGUUAUUUUCACAAUCCGGAGCUAAGAGCAUGGUUUCUUAGUUGUGAACCACCACUUCAUUUGAGAAACCCAACUUUAGAUCAGAUCAACGAGUAUCGUGACCAAUCGGACCAAUUUUAUGAUUCUCCGAGAGAAUUUUUACAACGUCAUCUAGGAAAGGAUUUACCCUACCCUGACAAGAUAAUUGUGUUUGAGCCACUUGAGUCAUUAAUGAAUGACUACUUGCAUGACUACCAUCUCUGUCAAAGAUUUUUUAAUAGCUAUUUCCAUUGGGACCGUAGAAGGUCGGGUGAUGUCUUGGUAUACUGCAAUGAUGGUGAUGUCAGUAGUAAACGUCAUGACACUCGAAACCAGAUCCUGAGCUUACCGGAACAGUGACCAGGACUUUAGUGAUCAUGGGGGGAUUUUAAGAUACAAUGUAACAAUGGAAUAUUAACAAUAAGUAAGAAAAUAUUUUACACGUGAUCAGAUG